GGUCAUUCAAUGCCUACGGUUAUGAAGGUUGGCGAUCAAUGAUGUCAUUAUGACAUCAUCCAGUGGAUGCUAAAGUAACAGUGAUAAUUUGAACUAAACCCUGGCUGCUUCAUAGUUUUCAAUUUCUCUGAUUAGAUUUUUUAAAAUUUGUGCAGUCCCAGAAGUUUCAGUUUGAGGUUAUCACGAUUGUUUGCUAUACUCUUGAAAGAUUCCCGGUGUCUGAACAAGGUUAAAUAGGCUUUUAGCUGUGACAAUAAUUUGUGACGUAAAAGGAAGUGUAUCUUACUUGGUUUGUGCUUUGAUCAGUUUUCAAACGGAAUAAACAAGAGGCGGAGUCAUGCUGGAUGCUAGAAGCAUGGGAGACAAAGGCGAUUGAUUGAUUUCACGCGUUAGCCGCGCCGUUGUUUGUGCCAACUGCUCCAGAUAAGCCGCCAGAAUUGCCAACCGUCACGGAAACAUAUCGGGGAGCCCUGUCUCUGUUCCCACACCCACCAUGGGACGCAAGAAAAUACAGAUAUCACGCAUCACUGACGAAAGAAACAGACAGGUGACAUUCAACAAGCGAAAAUUCGGAGUAAUGAAGAAAGCAUACGAGCUGAGUGUGUUGUGUGAUUGCGAAAUCGCACUCAUCAUAUUCAGCAGCUCAAACAAACUGUACCAAUAUGCCAGCACUGACAUGGACAAAGUAUUGCUCAAAUAUACAGAGUACAGUGAACCACACGAAUCGCUUACCAAUAAAAACAUAAUUGAGGCAUUGAAUAAGAAAGAGCACAAGAACGGCGCCUGCAGCCCUGACAGUCCGGAGGGCGACCAGGACUACCAACUGACACCCCGCACCGAGGCCAAGUACAGCAAAAUCGACGAAGAGUUUCAGAUGAUGAUGCAGCAGCGCCAGCAGCUGGCAAGCAGUGGUCGGCUGGGUGGUGGAGGGGGAGGCACCUCCUAUGCCGGCCUCCCGGUGUCCAUGCCCCCCUAUGCAGACUCCCUGCUGCAGGCCAGCAGUGUCAGUCCACGGCCGUCGUCGUCUGAGGCCGAUUCCGUAUAUCCACCCGGAGGUAUGCUCGAAAUGAGCAACGGCUACCCGAACUCGUCAUCGCCGGGGCUGGGGGGGUCGCCGUCCCCUGGGCCGCCCCCCGGACUGCACCCGGGGGGGCCGAGCCAGGGGCAGGGCAAGCCCCCCUCCUCGGCAGUCAAGCACGUGUCCCCGGUGCCUCAACGGGCCAACCUCAGAGUUGUUAUACCCAACGCUCACGAUGAGAAUUAUUAUUGUGCAAGGGGAUCGUAUCGAUUUCAUCGACAACAGCAACAACAACAACACCACGCGCUGGGGGGCGGGGUGGGGGGCGGCGGGGGCCUGAACACUCCAGUGGUGGCACUCCAGACUCCCGUGCUCAGCUACCCGGGUCUUUUCGGGGACAUGACACUAAACAUGAGCAUGAGUUCGGCCGCCUCCGACAUGAACCUGGCCGCCGCCUCCACGCUGAGCUGGACCUCGCCGCCGCCCCCGCACCCUUCGCCCUCCCCCUCGCCGCAGCAGCAGCUGGAGCCUCUGCGGAAGGUGGUUGAUUCGUCCGCCUUCUGUGUCGCCACCUCCGCCGCCAAUCUACCGCCUCUGCGGAUCAAGAGCGAGCCCAUCUCGCCGCCCCGCCAAGACCAUCACGGCGGUGGUUUGCCGCCUCCGUUGCCGCUCGCGCUGCCUCCGCCAUCGCACAUGCCGCCCCAGCACCCGAGCAUCGCGCACCAUCUACCGCCAUCUGUUUCAGGGGGUGGAUUAGGCGGCUCACCGGGAGAAUCGCGGCAUGACUACGAGUCCGGUCCCGUGAACAAAAGGCCGCGCGACGCCUGGGCCACAUAGCCACUACAUCACUCUCUGCUUCCCAACGGAGAGGCAGAGAGCAAUAGAGGCCAGUAGCUCAUGGGGUCGUCGUGGUUUUGGGGCGAUCGGAGCCGCAACACACCCUCCUAUCACCCCUAAUCGAAUCCACUCACUGUCUGUGCCAUAUCAGUGCAGUGUGUAUGAACAUUGUCCACACGUGUCCACACUGUGCAGUCAUAUCUCGAAUAGCAGCCAUAUCAAGCCUCACCGACGCUAAUCACUGGCUCACUGGCUCCAGUCGAUUUCAGCAUCCACGCCAUGCUGCAAAACCCAACAUCUUCUCAGAUAACAUUUGUAUAGUUUUAGAUGGAUGUUAUACAUGUAAAAACAAGUUAGCUGUAACAAAUUUUAGCGGUACAAUAAGUGAAGUGCCCCCCCGUUCCCUCACUCCCUACAAAGUAGGAGGCUGAAGCUGCCUUCGCCGCCCUGUCUCCGCCCAGUGUGUCAUCAGCCACAUUACCACCCACCAACAACCACAUCAUUUACAUAUACAUUACAUUCAAUCACUCAGCAUUUUUAUAAGACAAAGAGUAUUUUGUAUACGUAUAUAUAUCUAUUUUAAAAUAGUUUUUAAAUGAUUAUCGGUUGAACGCUGCAACUAACAAGUUUAUGGAGACUUUUUAACAUCGGAUUAUUAUUCAUGUACAAUAUUCAGAUAAUAUCGAGUCUAUUUUUAUAAAAAUUUAACAGUGGUGUGAAGUGGCGAGGCGAGGGGCAAGAGGUGGGGCAGCAGCUUCAUCCCAUGUGAUCAUGUUUUCAGUUGUGCCUGACGUCCCUAUUAGUUUGUCCGAGCCGUAGCAUAUUGUAAAUAGUCGAUGUAAUAGUCGUGUCAUGUCAGGUGUGUUGCUUGCAAAUCCUCGUGUCUUGUAGCCUUAUUCAGUGCCUCGUCCUUCUAAGGCUUUGACAUUUUGACGCAAAUUCAUUUUGCAAACACACAAACACAUCUCGCCUAAUUUCACAAUUGAAAUUCGGAAGCUGAUGUUAUUAUAUUUUUGUUGCCUUCUGUUAUAUUGACGUAAGUGCCGAACAAUAUUAUUGGUACCGUACCAAAGCUGUUUCAACCAAAACUAGGGAUUGUGCUGUAACAGAUUGUUUGUUGUUGGUCAAGGGUUUGAAUUAGUUCAAUUCCUGCCAUACUACUGAGUCAUAUCUUACAUAAUUGUUUAGUGAGAUAAAAAUCAAAAUAUGCGAAUUAUUUAGGAACGAAUUAUCCAGUAGGUGUAAGGUUCAUCGUAGGAUGAUUAGACACAGCAUUUAGUCUUGUUAUAAACGUACUGAUGUUAUUAAUUUCCCUUGAGACACCAUGAAUAAAGUGUGUAUAUUUAAAGUUUUUUGAUAGAGUUCAUGUGUGUCUAUUAUGUGACUCAAAUUUAAAAAAUAAUGAACUAACUACGAUAAAUAAUUUUAUCUGAAGUAUAACGAAAUUGCAUGGAAUAUGAGUCCAUAGACCAUAUCGCCAGUGGUUGUUAGAAUGUCAAUGCCUUAUAAAACUCUUUCUCUCACUCACUAUCUGUGCCUUCUCCCUCACGCAGUGAUCAACAAUCAUCAUCAUCAUCAUCGUCAUCAACCUGCCGGUUCAGUGAUAAGUGUGUUUUGUAAUUUCCCAGUGUGUAGUGUUAUUCCGAGCACAAACUUUGUUUUGUCUUCCAAAGCCAGAAUUGUUUCUUCCCACAUUGAUUAGCACAGUGCAUUUUAAUUUUUCACACGUUAUUCACAUACUCAUCAUAGAAAUUAUAAACUGAUAAUUUUCAAACAAGUACCCAUUUAUCAUUAAAUUAAAGCGUGGCUCAAAAAUACUAUUGGAAAUUUUGAGUACAGGAUUGGAAUUGAACUCAUUGAUAUUUAGGAGUUUUGUCUUAAAUUCAGAGAUUUCGUCUUUCAACUCCUUUCGAGAACUCCAACCUCAUCUGAAUAACUCAAAAGGUUUCAGAUUAAAAAAUGAUCAAAGUAGAACUUUGAAUCUUCUUACUUAUAGUAUUAUUGCCUUAUUAAAAUUUUAAAUAUAACUUUUCCAUUGAUGGAACAAUAUAAAUUAUUGGGGCACCGAGCUUUUCUCCGGAGUACAGAAGCAUAAAAACAUGAAAGCAUAGUUAAUAUUUAUUUAUUUAUUGAUAAGCAUAACACAGUUCUUUAAAAUGAUUGGAGAAGGACCAACAGGCUUUCUUCCCCGAAUUUUGAUGUAUACACUGUAAAUACGGUAGUCCAAAAAGUAGGUUAUGUUCCAUACACUUUUGAAUUCCAUUUUUCAGUCCAAACAUUCGAAAACAGAAAAGUUCAAAUUUAAAUUUAAACUAAACUUAAUAACAAUAACUUGGACACAAACAAAAUUUAAUAACAAAAUAACACUCACUAAUCAAAACUGUAAAAUAAUGAUGGAUUUUUAAAUUUUUGAUAUAGUUAGGUAGCCUAAUUUAAUUUAAAUAAAAAAAUAAUUGAUCUUGAAUAAAAUGUUAUAAUUUCCAGAUUAUACUUCUCGUGCUGGUUGAUUGCAAUAGUUCAACAGCUGAACAUAAUUCUGUCUCACUCCCACACAGGCACUCGCAUCUUUCGUUAUCGACAGACGACGAAAUUAUCAGCUGUUUUUCCAAGGAUGAAUAAUUAUUAUCCUUUUCUUGCUUAAGCGAGUUUUCCCAGGGAUGAGACCUAGUGCAAUCGAGUUUUUAUAUCAUAAACCUACUAUGUUCCAAAUUUGGUGAAAAUCUUUAGAACCGUUUUCGAGAUCCGUUGGACAUAAAUACUGAAAUAAAUAACCAAAUAUAUAAAUACAUACAGAAAUUGCUCGCUUAAUAUAAUAGGAUAGGAUUACAAGUCCUAAAAGAAAUGAAUGAUAAAAAACUUUCUAAUAAAUAAUAAUAAUUCAUUUUCCAAAAUAUAUAACACACACAGUAAUACACAAAAUGAAAUUUAUAUAAGAAAAAUAAUACAGAAAAUUAUUUAUAUAAUAAAUGAUUACAGAUAAAUAAUACAGAAAAAGUAAAGUAAUAAUAUAUAAAUAAAAUAUAGUAAAAAUAAAGAUAAAAAAAAUAAAAAUAAAGUAAUAAUACAGAAAAAAUUAAGAUACAGAAAAAUAAUAAACUUCACAGCACAUUACCUAAUUGCCCUGAGGUUAGAAGCCUGCUUUGGGUCAACCAUCAAAACCCAUAACCAUUUUAAAUAAAAACAGAGAUGGCUUUCUAGUCACUGUACUCCGCAGUAACAAAGAAAUUACAAAGUUUAUAUUAUAUAAGCAUGAUAAAAAACUUUAUCCUUCUACUAAAUGGGUACUCUGUUUGAAAUAUCAGGUAUUGCUUGCAUUGUGUGCCCUUUUCCGAAUUUCACAUUGUCAUGACUUUUUUGUAAUAUUGCUAGUUUUUCAAUGUGUACCUUCUAAACAGUGAUCUUUAAAAAUGAUUGAAUGCGUUCUAUCGAAAAGAUGAAAAUAAUGAUGGCCGCCAACUGCUUACAGAGGAACUAUUAACUAUUAAUUCAAAUCUCCAUCUGAGGAUGAAGUGAAUUAUUUUUUGAAAAAAUUACCAGUUGAUCAACGUCCAAUUUAGUCAUGCCGUUCUAAGACAGAGAUCAAACUCUGACGACCAAACAAAUUUCAAAUUAAUCUUUUCUAGUCGAAAAAAUAUUUCUUCCAUCAUCAAAAUGAUGGGAGUAAAUUGGAAUAUUUUCAGAAACAGUUUCUAAAACUUAUAUAUUCAGAUGAUAUAUUACAUAUAAUUUAGUACGUAUGUAUAAAUAAAUUGAAAGAUUUUUAUAAAGUAAUUGAUAAUUUUGAAAACGUAUUAAAUUGAAGGUAUAGUUUAGUAUGUCACAUGCUUUAAGAAUUGCCUUAAACGUAUUGUUAAAAAAGAGAAAUGAACAGAAGAAACGUAAAAAUUAAUAUAGAAUUUAAAAUUUAGAGAUUGCUCAAAUGGUAUCACAUGUGUUUUCCUCACCACAAUUGUAAAGUACUUAACGUUUGUCAAAUGGUAGCUGACGCUGAUAGUGCAGUGCAUAGAGCAGAAGCUAUCAUGACCAGCUCUCACAAAGUGAGGGAGACACCAUACGCCAUACAUCAUAGACCAUAAACCAUAAAUCGCCGAUUUGUCUGUAUGCUCUUUCAUCCGUUGUUCUGUUUACCUGCAAAUGUUGAUCCAGUUGAAAUUCUCGUACACGUAAUUGAUGUCUUGAAUGUAUUUUUGCAAGCAGCUGUGUUCCUGGAAGGUUAUGAAUGGUGCUAUAAUGUUAGAUGAAUGUUGUUAUAAAGUAGCUAAGUUGAAUUGAAAAUGAGAGAAUGUUCUACCGAUGUUAACAAUGUUGAUUGUUUCUAUGUUGUAAUGAUAGUAAUACAUCGCUGUUAUGACAAAAGUGUAAUAAAUGUUUUGUAAUAGAUCGGUGAUAUCGAUGUUGUGUGCAACUGUGAUGUCGUAUAUAAUGACGCACGAAUAUCUAUAUUUAUAUGUACUGUGUAACCAACAGAUGAUCAUGAAUAUAAAUGGAUAUAUAUGUACAUUUAUUGAAUUUCAUACAGGGUCUCGUUGAAUAAACAACAUUUAAAUAGUCUUGGAUUAUAAUAUUUCAACCGUUUAGCCUUACUUUCACUGUAAUUGACUGAAAGAGCUUUUUCCUCUACACGUUGAUUAAAGAAAGCUAUCAAGCUCAGAAUGGGAUCGCUCAAUCAACCUAUAAACCAUAGAACAAUCAAAUAGAGUUGAACCGAUUCAAGUUACUGGUCAACGUUUCACCACUGCAUUUGGUUCACACUCUACAGUGUUUUUGUUAUUGAAAGUGAUAUACUUGCAUGCUUUAUCACGUGAUUAGAUGUUGAUGUCAUUUAUUUCCCAAAACUUGUCUGACUCACUUAUGUGCCCCUCACAUUGUACCAAGUGGCACAAUUGUCAGUGUUGGAAACAUUUGUAACUGCAUGAUUUCGUCUAUUUUUGUACCUAAUUUCUUUAAUUUUGUACAGAGAGUUUUCUUUAUCGAGUAUAAUCAACACGUAGAACCAUUUUUGUAUUGAGAGAUUGAUUUGUUUGUUUAACGAGUUGUGUUUGAUGUAUUAUUUAAUGAAAAAAUGUGCCAUCUGUAUUUAUUGAGUGUCAUUCAUCCUCUGUUUUCGUAGCCAUGUGGCUAUCACUUGGGUUCUCUUGAUUGUAAGGGAAUUAAAAGUGGAGAUUCAACAAUUUAAGUAUUAUUCUCAAGUAUAUUAUUUGUAUUUGUUAAUAACUACCGUACCAAAAAUUCGUAUCUGAUGUACUGGCAUUUCAUAUUGCAUACUCUAAUAAUUUUAAUGUUAUUUUAAAAUCAGAACUCUGAUUUUUGUUAAUGAACGUUCAUAUUUUAUCUAUUGAUGUUUAAAUUUAUUUCUGUGCAAUCUGAACAUUUUAACCAAUAGUUUAUAUUUUUAUUAGAAUUAACUGAAUAAAGAUUUAUCCCCUACAGUAGCAAAAAAUCAAAUGCUUUUAUAAAUAAGUAUUGAGAAAAUUCAUUUUUAGUUGUUUUAUACAGGAUUAUCGAAAGAAUUAUUUAUACUUUCUGUUAUUGAUUAUGUAAUUAUUGUGAUGCCUCAUUUUCGAUUUAUAUUGACCUCCCGAUUCUAGUAUCAGUUGGAGUUGAGUGUUUUCAAAGUCAAGUUAUGAGUUUUCGUAGGCUAUAUUUUAUGCUUUGAGAUUAACAGACUUUAAUUUUUGUGUCAUAUCCAAUUUGUAGCCUUAUAUUAUUAUUGUUGAAUUUUACCUUUAUUAGUCAUCUCAGAACUGUGAACUCAGUUGCUAAUGAAUGAUAACUGUUUAUUCAAAUAUUAAUUAUAAAUAUAUAUGUAUAUUGUCAACAAACAAAAGAAUAGAUGUAUAUAGAUAAUGAUGGAAUAUAUUAUACGUAUAAUAAUUGUAAUAUUGAUUUGUUGCAUGGAUGACAUUCUCUGUUAGUAUGAACACAGAGUUCUGUCAUGGCUGAAAGUGCAAUACAGUCUUAGAAGAAAAUCUGUUGAAUACAUUCUUUUAGAUGGUUUAAAUACGAAAAAAUUUAGACAAUUAUUUGUUACAUAUGUUUGAAAGGAUAAAUUUAAGGAAUUUAAUAAAAUUAAGUUAUAACAA